AACAUUUAACUGUCGAGGGGCAAAAACGUCAAUUACUCGUGUGGCAGAUCAUCCUUCUGCAAGUGGUAGCAAUUCUCAACCGGAAUAGGUUACUUCUCACUCAUUCAGUAGCAAGAGUUCGAAAAAAUGGCGUACACGAAUGCCAGGCGCACACUAGCAUCCAUUCUAACACGAGCACUUUCUUCUUCAUCAUCAUCUGGAAUCGCUUCUCUCAAUCGCACACGUUUCGCUUUCGCGUUAUCCUCCGCUUCCAGACAAACCCUACCCAUCCCUCACUCGUUCCCGGUUCGUUUCAAAUCAUCGGGUUCGGGUUAUUCUCCAUUGAACGAUCCAUCUCCAAAUUGGAGCAAUCGUCCUCCAAAGGAAACCAUUCUUCUCGAUGGAUGUGAUUACGAACACUGGCUAAUUAUUAUGGAGUUUCCUGAUAACCCUAAACCCUCUGAAGAUGAAAUGGUUAAUAGCUAUGUUAAAACCCUAGCUCAAGUUCUCGGAAGCGAGGAAGAGGCUAAGAAGAAGAUAUACUCUGUUUCUACUUCUACAUAUAUAGGUUUUGGUGCUCUUGUUUCGGAAGAGCUUUCUUAUAAAAUCAAAGAGUUGCCGGGAGUUCUUUGGGUGCUGCCGGAUUCAUAUCUUGAUGUUCCUAACAAGGAUUAUGGAGGUGAUUUGUUUGUUGAUGGGAAAGUAAUUCCUAGGCCACAAUAUAGAUAUGCUGAAAGGGCACCAAGUAGAAAUAGACCUCGUCCACGACAUGAUAGGCGACGCGAAACUAUGCAAGUUGAAAGGAGAGAUCCUAAUCAAAGACAGAAUUGGAACCAAGUUCAGGGAGAACAUAUGCAGCCAUCAAAUCCAAUGAAUAGCCAAAACUCGGCUUCAGGUGGAGAAAGCCAUGAAAUGUUUAAUAGGAGGAACUCUGGUUGAGAAAUUGUCUCUCGUAUAGAUGAUAGUACCAAGUUUUUCAGAUAGAGAAUUUUGAUUUAAGGUUUUGAGGUGAUAUUUUUUACUCUUUUUUGUUUGUUUAGAAAAUGCUUGUGGCAGAGCUUGACAUUUGAUCAUCGUUUUUAGCACCAUUAUGAAUUAUUAUAAAGUUGAGACUUGUGUAUGCUGUGGGCUUUACUCAUUGCUUCCAGUGUCGUUUUAGUCUUUUUCAUCUAUGUUUUGAUCUGUAAUACAUAUCACUGAUUGUGAAAAUUGAUUAGUUGAAACAGUUAUGUUGUUUUCUAUAAGGCAGAUAUCUGUCUUGCAUCAUCUGAAGUUCAUUUAUUUUUUUA